CACAUACCCUCACACACCCCAUCAAACAAACGCCCAGGCAAACACCAUGGCCUCGCACCACCGCGGGUGCGGUCACCUCGUCCCCGCUGCGACCGUCCUCCUUGCCUUCAUCCUCACGCCACUAUCAGCCGGCGAUCAUCUCGGCCAUUUCUGCGGCAACAGUGGCAACUUCACCGCGAGCAGCACUUACCAGGUCAACAUCCGGCUCCUCAACGCCACUCUCCCCAAGAACGCCUCCUCCUCACGGAAUCUAUUCGCGACCGGCACCAUCGGCACCCUUCCGGACAUCGUCUACGCGCUCGCUCUCUGCCGCGGCGACACGAGCGGCGCCAACUGCAGCGAAUGUGUCGCCACCGCCUUCCAGGACGCGCAGCAGCUCUGCCCGUACAACAGGGACGCCACCGUCUUCUACGACCCCUGCGCGCUCCGCUUCUCCAACCAGAACUUCCUAUCCUCCACUGACGACGGCGGCAACGCCCUCAUCCUCAUGAGCACACGGAACGCAUCCGCGCCGGCCAAGGUGUUCGACGCCGCGGUGGGCGCCCUCAUAAACGCCACCGCCGACUACGCGGCCGCGAACUCAUCCAGACGGUUCGGCACAGGAGAGGAGGAAUUCGGGAACUUGGACAAGAUAAACCCAAAGAUCUACGGGCUGGCGCAGUGCACGCCGGACAUGGCCCCGGCCGAUUGCCGGGCCUGCCUCCAGGGUAUCAUCGCGAUGAUGCCAAACUAUUUCAGCGGAGUGUCGGGUGGCCGGGUUAUAAGAUUGCGGUGCAAUUACAGGUAUGAGCAGUAUCCUUUCUUCAACGGGACUUCGCUGCUGCAGCUCCCGGAGCCAUCUCCAGAUUUAGCGCCAUCACCAGCUCCAGCGAACAUGACGCCACUGCCAGCCAGAGGAGGAAGCAAAAGCAAUGCAGCUGCUAGAAUUUUAGCCAUUACACUGCCGAUAGUCGGUGCAAUACUCGCUUCUGUUGUCAUUUUCCUUUGUCUGUGGACGAAAAAGAGCAAACCGGUACGAAAGGCAUCAGUAUCAUAUCCAACCAAUCCCGAGGACAUAGAGAGUAUUGAAUCACUCUUUCUAGAUCUAUCAACUCUGAGAGCCGCGACAGAUAACUUUGAUGAACGCAAUAAACUUGGUGAAGGAGGGUUUGGUAUUGUUUAUAAGGGAAUACUUCCUGGCGAUGAAGAAGUAGCAGUUAAAAGGCUAUCACAAAGUUCUCGGCAAGGGAUAGAGGAGCUGAAAAAUGAGCUUGUUUUGGUUGCUAAGCUUCAACACAAGAAUUUAGUGAGACUUGUAGGUGUUUGCUUGGAAGAACAUGAAAAAUUACUUGUGUAUGAGUACAUGGCCAACAAAAGCCUUGACACCAUUCUUUUUGAUCCUGAUAGGAGCUGUCAGCUGGACUGGGGAACGAGAUUUAGGAUAGUUAACGGGAUUGCUCGAGGAUUACAAUAUCUCCAUGAAGAUUCUCUGCUGAAGAUAAUUCACCGGGACCUCAAAGCGAGCAAUGUUCUGUUAGAUUCAGAAUUUAUUCCUAAGAUUUCAGAUUUUGGCUUAGCAAGGCUCUUUGCAAGUGAUCAAUCACAAGAUGUCACCAACCGUGUGGUCGGAACCUACGGAUACAUCUCCCCUGAGUACGCUAUGCGUGGGGCUUAUUCUAUCAAAUCCGAUGUGUUCAGCUUCGGCGUUUUGAUUUUAGAAAUCGUUACAGGAAGAAGAAACAAUGUCUCAUAUGACUCCGAGCAGUCUAUAGAUCUCUUAAGUUUGGUAUGGGAGCACUGGACAAUGGGAACAAUUUUAGAGAUCAUGGAUUUAUCCAUGAUCUGCCAUUCUCCUGGAGACCAGAUGCUGAAGUGCAUGCACAUUGGACUUCUAUGUGUUCAAGAAAACCCCGCAGAUAGACCGUUGAUGUCGCUUGUGACUGUCAUGCUUUGCAGCAGCACUGUGUCUCUCCAAGCUCCAUCCAGGCCAGCUUUCUGCACCGUAAAAAGUGGCGCUAAUGACUCAGACACUCACACGGAGCAAUACCGAGGAAAUUCACAGUCUACAAGCCGGUCACCUAUGUCACCGAACGAAGUUUCGAUCACUGAACUUGAGCCGAGAUAAAUCCGAGUUCAUUCUCCAUCCCUGCCAAAAAAUAUAUAGCGAUUUUUGAUGUAGGGAUAGGCCUUACUUCAUAAUUCAUAUGUAUUAUUUGCUCACCACCGUGGUGGAAGAUAAUUUUACUCGGCAAUGAAAGAAUACACCAGUGUAACUAUAUAUUGGGGUUGUGUACUAUUCGGGUGACUUAACAUUAUUCAUGCAUAAGCCACAUUCUUUA